CUAUCUGCGAGCGAGUGAGCGGCGCAGCGAGGAAUGGAAAUUUUUUCAUAGUCACGGAAUUCCGGGGUAUGGGUUGUGAUUCUCAUGUAGUCCCACGAGUUGGGUUCUGCUUCUUCUUCUUCUUCUUCGAUCGAUAGAUUUAUCCAUCGAUGCAGGAGUACCAGCAGCAGCUCGUGUGAGCGAUGGUGCGCUAUCGCAGGUUCAUCGUUGAUGGGCUGCUCAAACGAGGAGCUCGACGCCUAAGCUAUGACUGGAGCUCUCUUCCACCUCCAGAAAUUCCCCAGCGCCGUGUUGUGGUCACAGGGUUGGGAUUAGUAACCCCUCUCGGAGCAGGAGUGCAAGUGAGCUGGGACAGAUUGAUUGCACUUAAGACUGGAGUACAAGCCCUGAGUGCCGAGAGUCUAAGGCUAAAGGAUCCUGGAUUGCUGCAGCAGCUUCCUUCUCGAGUGGCUGCGCUUGUGCCUCGCGGAUCUGCUGCCGGUGACUUUGAUGUCGAGAAAUGGCUGAAUUCGACCAGCCCAGCUUUCAUAGCUUACGCACAAUGUGCUGCUGAGGAAGCCCUGACAGACGCAAAUUGGCAUCCUCAAGACGCCGCUGACCUAGAGCGCACGGGUGUUGCAAUUGGUGGUGGAAUUGGUUCUAUCAACGAUAUCCUGGAAGCAGCUCACCUUAUCAAUAAGAAGGAGUUGCGUCGCCUGACCCCUUUCUUUGUACCUCGUAUUUUGAUCAACAUGGCAGCUGGUCACGUCAGCAUUCGCCAUGGUUUUAAGGGGCCUAAUCAUGCUGUCGUGACAGCAUGCGCAAGUGGAGCUCAUUCUUUGGGUGAUGCCGCUCGCAUGGUUAAGUUCGGAGAUGCAGAUGUCAUGGUGGCAGGAGGAACUGAAUCAAGUAUUGAUCCAUUGUCAAUGGCUGGAUUUUGCAGGGCGAGAGCGUUGAGUACGAAGUUCAACGAUAACCCCACGCAUUCAUCCAGGCCUUUCGACCAAGCUCGAGAUGGAUUUGUAAUGGGUGAAGGUGCAGGUGUUGUAGUAUUAGAGGAGUAUCAGCACGCGCUAAAUAGAGGAGCAAAGAUCUAUGCUGAAAUACGAGGUUAUGGCAUGUCAGGAGAUGCACAUCACAUUACUCAACCAUCACAAGAGGGAAGAGGAGCAUAUUUAGCUAUGAGUCGUGCCCUGCAACAGGCAGGUUUGCAACCUACAGACGUAGACUACAUAAACGCACAUGCCACGUCAACCCCCUUAGGUGAUGUAGUUGAGGCACGAGCCAUACGGGAUGUGUUCAAGGAUCAUGCUCACUCAGGUCGCCUAGCGUUAUCCUCUACAAAGGGCGCCACAGGUCACUUACUAGGAGCAGCGGGCGCUGUGGAAGCCAUUUUCUGUGUCCUGGCUCUUCAUCAUGGCAUUUCACCACCAACAUUGAAUUUGGAGCAGCCUGAUCCUAUAUUUGACGGUCAUUUUUGCCCUCUCAAAGCGUCCAAGUCCAUGAACAUCCGAGCAGUAUUGACAAACUCAUUUGGUUUUGGUGGUACAAAUGCGGCUCUGGUGUUUACUGCCCCACCAGUGUCGUAGAGUCAGCAGUUUAUCAUGGCAGGCGGGCCUUUUUCAUACGAAUAGUUUUACCAAAAUACUGCAGAAUUUUUUUCAUAGAAGGGCUAAUUAUAGUAAAACAGUUAUUGAAAUCGCUCCUCGAUAUUGAGUGAAAAGCUGAAAUGAAAAAAACCGGUGGAAGCCAUUGAAUGAUUUUCCUGCGUUAGGAAACUUAAUGUCUAAGCUGUACAAUGCCAAAUGCCAUAGCUGAAAGCGAGUUAACUAAAUCAACUCGGAUACAGUCAACAGGAAGAAGAAAAGAGCCACAGGUAGGUUUUCUCAAACUACCUGUCAAACUUAACUAACAUAAUGCUAUAAAGUGCAGAGUAGCUUAAUGAAGUGCUUUUAAGCAUUACAUAGCAUUCUGAAUUUUAUAA